AUGAGCCGCAAGAACGUACCUGAGCAACAAAACCUUGAUGAAGAGCAAUUUUACGACAAUUUGGAUGAAUUGCGAGACUUAAUUGAGGAUCCUAAUGACAACAACGAUGCGCCCAUCAGCUCUUCAGACCAAGGAGCAAGCGACGAACAGGAUGUAAUUGAUGACGAGCUAGCUAACCUUGGGGAUACUCAAGACUACAGCUCGGAAGUCGGCGACAAGGACUACCGCGUCGACGAUAAUUUACUAGCAGAGUUUUCAGAUUAUGGAGAGUUUUCUGAUGACGAAUACGACGAGCAAGACUUCAUGGACGCAAUCAGAGAAGCCAACAAUUUCAAGGUCAAACGGAAAAACAAGGCUAAGCGUAAGAACAACGGUGCUUCGACUCAAGGCAGGCCGCGCAAAGAAAGAAGUCUGGACCCUGAAGUGGCACAGCUUUUAUCUGAGGCCAAUGAGGCCUUUGUGCGUAACGAUACACAAGUCGCAGAACAACUUUACAACGAAGUUAUCAGAAAAGACGUCAAAAACUUUGCUGCGUACAAAACUUUAGGCGAUAUAUACCAACUUCAAGGCCGCUUCAACGAUUGUUGUAAUUCCUGGUUUCUUGCUGCACAUUUGAACCCUUCGGACUGGGAAUUUUGGAAAGUAGUGGCCACCUUAUCAUCGGAUCUGGGCCAUGUUCGACAAGCAAUCUAUUGCUAUACCAGAGCACUGCGUAUGAACAAUGAAGAAUGGGAUUGUGUCUAUGGAAGAGCAGUUCUUUACAAGAAAACAGGUCAACUUGGCCGGGCUUUGGAAGGUUUUCAGAGACUUUACAACAACACACCCACGGAUGGUAACCUACUUCGAGAGCUCGCAGUUCUUUACGUGGACUACAACCGAAUUAAUGAGGCUAUAGGAUUAUACAUGAAGAUUUUUGAUGCCAACGUUGAAAAGCGGAAAGCUAUUAUUUGCGCAUCAGAAGAUGCUGUUGAAUCAUCUGAGGACAGCGACGAAAACCUAACUGAUAACGUCAAUUACGAGGCCGAUGAAGAAAGCGAGGACUUUAGAAAGUACCCCAAUAUCAAAUGGAAGAAAAUCAAUAAAAAAUAUCGCUGCUUAACCUUCGAUUGGUCUUCUCUGAAUAUUUUGGCUGAACUAUUUCUCAAGCAGUCCGGAGAGAAUGCCGGUAUCAAAACAAUUAAAAAAUGUGCAAGGUGGAUUCAAAGAAGGGAGAAUCAAACGUUCUGGGAAAAUAUUAGUGACGACUCUGAAUUUGAUGAGAGAAGAUUAAAGAACAGUAGGUAUGAAUCUCUGACGCAGGAUGAAAAAAACAAAUCGUAUAUUCUUCCGAUUGACAUUAGAGUAAGGUUGGGCCUUUUGAGGCUUAAUAACAAACAAGUCUUGGAGGCAAUGAAUCAUUUCCAAGCGCUUUACGAUGAAAGUUUUGCAGACAUUACGGAUUUGUUCUUUGAGGUAGCUUGUGCGCUGGCGAAAGCUGAGAAGUACUCUGAAGCAAUUGAAUUUUUUACACCAUUAUUGCAACUCAGUGAUUUUUCUACGUUGGAAUUCUAUAAGCCGCUCAGCAGAUGCUACAAGGAGGUUGAAGAUUAUCCAAACGCCAAGAUUGUAUUUGAAAAAUUAGUAGAGCUCAAGCCCGACGAUCUAGAAACAAAGUUAACACUCGCUGAGAUACAUUACCAUUUGGAUGAUCAGGAAACAUUCAAUGCUCUUUUGCUAGAAGUUCUUGAAGCCAGAAAGCAACAGGAUGCUGAUGCUCAGAAGAUACUUUCUUCGGUGGACGACAAACCAUUUGAGGAGGCAGUUGACUCGGUUGCAACAGACUUCGGGAAACCUCUACUAGAAGAUAUUCAUAUAAAGAAAGCGUCUGUCAAGAGGAAACGCACGCCUCAAGACGCGGAAAGAGAAAGGAGAGAUCGCGAGAAAAGAAUUACUUCAAAAGUUUUGGACAAAUAUAACAAAUUGAAAAUAUACAAUGAAGGGAUGGAAAACGGCCAAGAAUAUCAGACCACGUUGUGGAUUGAUACCGCGUCUGAUUUGAUAGACGUGUUUUCCAGUGUUAAGAAUUUCUUUGUCAAGAGUCGAUCGAAGAAAUUCGUCGGAAUUAUCAAAAGAACCCGAAAAUUCAACAAAAUCAUUGAUUAUAAGAUCAAGAGAUUGUCAAAACUUUCUGAAGGUGAUAACCUUUUAGACGGGCUGCCGUUGUUGGAGGAGCGGGUAUUCCUGACAUCGGCCACGGAACUACGUGGUCUUACUUAUGAACAAUGGUUUGAGCUAUUCAUGGAGCUAUCACUUGUUAUAACAAAGCUGCAAAGCGUGGAGGAUGGUCUGAGUAUUAUUGAGACAGCUCAAGAAGUGAAUGUCUUUAUUCAAGACCCGCAAAGGGUCAAAAUGAUGAAAUUUAUUAAGCUGGCUAUAGUAUUGCAAAUGGAAGAUGAAGAAGAACUUGUGGAAAGCUUGCGUGGUGUUCUCAACCAAUUCCAGUUUAACAGAAAAGUCCUUCAAAAUUUCAUGUUCUGUGUGGUACGAGGACAAAUGGCCUCGGACAUUUUGAGCUCCACGGUGCAACAAAAGUUCUUCCUACGUCAGCUAAAGGCAUAUGACAGUAUACGCUACAACCAACACGUUGCAGGUCAGGCUUCUGUUACGAACAAGAAGGUUGACAAUCCUGAUAAACUGAAGUCUCCGUACUUGCAUUACAUUUAUGCAAUGUUACUGUACUCAAGCAAAGGGUUUCUUUUGGCCCUCCAAUACCUCAGCAGAUUGCAGCCCGAACUGCCACAAGAUCCUAUGAUAAAUUUUAUGAUGGGUCUGGCUCAUUUGCACCGGUCCAUGCAAAGACUAACUGCUUCCAGGCACUUACAAGUUCUACACGGUCUCCGUUUCCUUUAUCAAUACCAUGAUAUACGGUCUACGAAAUACACUAUUCUCGAGAAACAGGAAGCCGACUACAAUAUCGGUCGGGCUUUCCACUUGCUAGGUUUGUUCUCCACUGCUGUGCGAUACUAUCAACAGGUCUUGGACAACUACGAGGACGAGAAACUUAAGAAGCACGCUGCGUACAACUGUAUUCUAAUCUUCAAUGAGAGCGGUAACACUGAACUGGCUAACAGCUUAAUGGAAAAGUAUUUAUCAAUAUAG